UGUUCUUAUUUUCAGAAGAUUCAAAAAUGUUUUAGUUAUUUUCUGCUUGGUCAGGCUAAUUUAAAAUGGCGUUAAGACUGUUGAUCCAACAGUGUAUAUCUGCUCGUCUUAAACUACCCUCUUACCAGGAGCUGGAGAUAGGGCGUGGAGUAAUCGUCUUCAUUUGCUUCUUUAAGGAUGCUAACGAGGAAGCUGUAAAGAAAGCCUACAAACUAGUUUCUCAGAUUAAACUGUCAGAGAAAGAAGAAGGGGAUAAGAGGGGAUCAGUUGUAGAGACAGCGGGGGAAAUAAUGAUUAUACCCCAGGCGACUCUUGGAGGUAAACUGAAAGGAUCCUCAGUUCAAUAUCAUAAUAAUAUUCCACCAGAGCAGGGACGAGUUUUGUAUGAUAUUUUCUGUAAUGAGUUGGAGACCCUAGAGGGAGUUACUGUCAGGAGAGGAGAAUAUGGGGCCCGACAAGUAUUGAGUAUGGAAACUAAUGGACCCUACUCCCACUGUUUCGACAUCUAAUCCUCUU